GGCGGCGGCGGGGGCCCGGGCGGCGCGGGGCUGAGGGGGCACCGCUCCGGGGGGCGGGGGGCCGGGGCCCGGGCCGGUUGGCGCGGGGGCUAUGAUGACCCGGCGGCGGGGCCCCGGAUCUCGUCUCCUGCGCCGCCUCGGCACGGCAGCCCCCGCGCGCGGCUGAGACCCCGACACGCCGGCGGUAUGGCAUCACAGCUGCAGGUGUUUUCCCCCCCAUCAGUGUCGUCGAGUGCCUUCUGCAGUGCAAAGAAAUUGAAAAUAGAACCCUCUGGCUGGGAUGUUUCAGGACAGAGCAGCAACGACAAAUAUUAUACCCACAGCAAAACCCUCCCAGCCACACAAGGACAAGCUAACUCCUCUCACCAGGUAGCAAAUUUCAACCUUCCUGGUUACGACCAGGGUCUCCUCCUCCCAGCUCCUGCAGUGGAGCACAUUGUUGUGACAGCCGCCGACAGCUCCGCCAGUGCUGCUACUUCGACCUUUCAGAGCAGCCAGACCCUGACUCACAGAAGCAACGUUUCUUUACUUGAGCCGUAUCAAAAAUGUGGACUGAAAAGAAAAAGUGAGGAAGUUGACAGCAACGGUAGCGUGCAGAUCAUAGAAGAACAUCCCCCUCUCAUGCUGCAAAACAGGACUGUGGUGGGUGCUGCUGCCACAACCACCACUGUGACAACGAAAAGUAGCAGUUCCAGCGGAGAAGGGGAUUACCAGCUGGUCCAGCACGAGAUCCUUUGUUCUAUGACCAACAGCUAUGAAGUCUUGGAGUUUCUAGGUAGGGGGACUUUUGGACAAGUGGCUAAGUGCUGGAAGCGGAGUACCAAGGAAAUUGUGGCGAUUAAAAUCUUGAAGAACCAUCCCUCCUAUGCCAGACAAGGACAGAUUGAAGUGAGCAUCCUUUCCCGCUUAAGCAGUGAAAAUGCUGAUGAGUAUAAUUUUGUGCGUUCUUACGAGUGCUUUCAGCAUAAGAAUCACACCUGCCUUGUGUUCGAGAUGCUGGAGCAGAACUUAUAUGACUUUCUAAAGCAGAACAAGUUCAGUCCACUGCCACUCAAAUACAUUAGACCAAUCUUGCAGCAGGUGGCCACUGCCCUGAUGAAGCUCAAGAGUCUUGGUCUAAUUCACGCUGACCUUAAACCUGAAAAUAUCAUGUUGGUUGAUCCUGUGCGCCAGCCCUACAGAGUGAAGGUCAUUGACUUUGGUUCUGCCAGUCACGUUUCCAAAGCUGUGUGCUCAACCUACUUACAGUCCCGUUACUAUAGAGCACCUGAAAUUGUUCUUGGAUUGCCAUUUUGUGAAGCUAUUGAUAUGUGGUCAUUGGGCUGUGUGAUAGCCGAGCUGUUUCUGGGAUGGCCACUUUAUCCUGGUGCUUCAGAAUAUGAUCAGAUCCGUUACAUUUCACAAACCCAGGGCUUGCCGGCUGAAUAUCUUCUCAGUGCUGGGACAAAAACCACCAGGUUUUUCAACAGAGAUCCAAAUUUGGGAUAUCCUCUGUGGAGGCUUAAGACACCUGAAGAACAUGAAAUGGAGACUGGAAUCAAAUCAAAAGAAGCUCGAAAGUACAUUUUUAAUUGUUUAGAUGACAUGGCUCAGGUGAAUAUGUCUACAGACUUAGAGGGAACAGAUAUGUUGGCCGAGAAGGCAGAUCGAAGAGAAUACAUAGAUCUGUUAAAAAAAAUGCUAACAAUUGAUGCAGAUAAGAGAAUUACUCCUCUGAAAACUCUCAAUCAUCAGUUUGUGACAAUGACUCACCUUCUGGAUUUUCCACAUAGCAAUCAUGUUAAGUCUUGUUUUCAGAACAUGGAGAUCUGCAAGCGGAGGGUUCACAUGUAUGAUACAGUGAGUCAGAUCAAGAGUCCGUUCACUACACAUGUUGCCCCCAAUACAAGCACAAAUCUAACCAUGAGCUUCAGCAACCAGCUCAACACGGUGCACAAUCAGGCUAGUGUUCUAGCUUCCAGUUCUACGGCAGCAGCUGCUACGCUUUCUUUGGCCAAUUCAGAUGUCUCUCUGCUCAACUACCAGUCAGCUCUGUACCCAUCAUCUGCAGCACCGGUUCCUGGAGUUGCCCAGCAGAGUGUUUCUUUGCAGCCUGGGACCACCCAGAUUUGCACACAGACAGACCCUUUCCAACAAACAUUUAUAGUGUGUCCACCUGCUUUUCAAACUGGACUACAAGCAACCACAAAACAUUCUGGAUUCCCUGUGAGGAUGGAUAAUGCUGUGCCAAUUGUCCCCCAGGCACCAGCAGCUCAGCCAUUGCAGAUACAGUCAGGAGUUCUUACACAGGGAAGCUGUACACCACUAAUGGUAGCAACUCUCCACCCUCAAGUAGCCACCAUCACACCGCAGUACGCGGUGCCCUUUACUCUGAGCUGCGCAGCCGGCCGGCCGGCGCUGGUUGAACAGACUGCCGCUGUACUGCAGGCUUGGCCUGGGGGAACCCAGCAAAUUCUCCUGCCUUCAACUUGGCAACAGUUGCCUGGAGUAGCUCUGCACAACUCUGUCCAGCCUACAGCAGUGAUUCCAGAGGCCAUAGGCAGUGGCCAGCAGCUCACAGACUGGAGGAAUGCCCACUCUCAUGGGAACCAGUAUAGCACGAUCAUGCAGCAGCCGUCCUUGCUCACGAACCACGUGACACUGGCCACUGCUCAGCCCCUGAAUGUUGGUGUUGCCCAUGUGGUCAGACAGCAGCAAUCCAGCUCCCUCCCUUCCAAGAAGAACAAGCAGUCUGCUCCAAUCUCUUCGAAGUCCUCUCUGGAUGUCCUGCCUUCUCAAGUCUAUUCGUUGGUUGGAAGCAGUCCCCUCCGGUCCACAUCUUCUUACAAUUCCUUAGUCCCUGUCCAAGAUCAGCAUCAGCCAAUCAUCAUUCCGGAUACUCCCAGCCCUCCUGUAAGUGUUAUUACUAUCCGUAGUGACACAGAUGAGGAAGAGGACAACAAAUACAAGCCUAAUAGCUCUGGCCUGAAGCCAAGGUCCAAUGUCAUCAGUUAUGUCACUGUCAAUGAUUCUCCGGACUCUGACUCUUCAUUGAGCAGCCCUUAUUCCACGGAUAACCUGAGUGCGCUCCGGGGCAACAAUGGCCCGGGGGCGGAGGGGCCCAGCAGCAGAGUCGGGGAUGGCACUAGCACCCGUACCAUCAUUGUGCCUCCACUGAAAACUCAGCUUGGCGACUGCACUGUAGCAACCCAGGCCUCAGGCCUCCUGAGCAGUAAGACCAAGCCAGUGGCCUCAGUGAGUGGACAGUCAUCUGGAUGUUGUAUCACCCCCACAGGGUACCGAACACAACGUGGGGGGACCAGCACAGCGCAGCCACUCAACCUUAGCCAGAACCAGCAGUCAUCGGCAGCUCCCACCUCCCAGGAGAGAAGCAGCAACCCCGCUCCCCGCAGGCAGCAGGCGUUUGUCGCCCCGCUCUCCCAGGCCCCCUAUGCCUUCCAGCACGGCAGCCCCCUGCACUCGACAGGCCACCCACACCUGGCCCCGGCCCCUGCUCACCUGUCCAGCCAGCCUCACCUGUACACGUACGCUGCUCCCACCUCCGCAGCUGCACUGGGCUCCACCAACUCCAUUGCUCAUCUCUUCUCCCCCCAGGGCUCCUCACGGCAUGCUGCGGCCUACACCACACACCCCAGCACGCUGGUGCACCAGGUCCCCGUCAGUGUUGGGCCCAGCCUCCUCACUUCUGCCAGCGUGGCCCCCGCUCAGUACCAACACCAGUUUGCCACCCAGUCCUACAUUGGGUCUUCCCGAGGCUCAACAAUUUACACUGGAUACCCGCUGAGUCCCACCAAGAUCAGCCAAUAUUCCUACUUGUAGUGGCGCGUGUGAGGAAGGAAGGCCCUGCUUGCCUGCCCUAGCCUGAGUCGUAAACACCUCGGCUGCACUCCUCCCUGGCCCUCUGGAACUCCGGCAGCUCAGUCUGCAGGGUGCGCUCAUGCCAAUCCUUCUCUGGGGAGCCAUGUCAGUGUUGACUGCAUUGUUGUAGUCUGCAAAAGUCUGUCCUGUUUUUUAAUUUUUUUAUUUUUGUGACAGCGUUUUUGGUAUUUGGAAGAAUUCAGAUGUCCAUCUUCUGCAGUUGCUAAGGAAGAGAAAUGGUUCUGAAGUUACCUUCUGAAAAAUAAUAACAUUGAAAAAUAUUUUGUGUCUCUGACUUGAUUUCUAUAACUGCUUUUAAAAAACGAGCUCUUUUGAAAAUUUAACUUUUGUUUCUUAGAAUUGCUGGUCAGAGGGAAAAUGUUGAUAGAAGUUGGACUUGAAAUCUGGACAAGCAAGAAUUACUACUUUUCUUUUAAAUUAAAAAAUUAAAAAUUUGCCAUUUUGUUUUAUAGGCCUCUUGAGCAAGUCUGUAUUUACUAUCAGGCAUUUCUCCUCAAAAUUUUACCUUUGUUUAUAGGACAUUUAAACUUUCAGUGUGUUUAUUUUGUUUUCAUGUCACAUUAAACUUAAUGGGAAAUUGCUAUUGUUGUAAACUGGUUACAUACUACUCUGAGUUGCUGUUGGGAUUCUUUCGUUUUUAUUCUAAAGUAGUGUUGAAAAGGCAGCUCACCAGUGGCUGAUGUUCUUAGUGUGAGAGAUUGAAUGUGUCAGGUAUUCUUGUUAGAUGAAGCACCAGUGCAGUCUUUUAAGAUUAUACUUUAAAGACCCUUCUCUCUCUGAUUCAGUUUAAAUUUUAUUCUUGGAAAAGCUGUUAAGGUGGUUAUUAUUGUGUGGUGGUGAUGGUUUUAUUAUAUGCAAAAUCUCUGUAUUAUGUGAUACUGGCAUUGAUGAGCUUUGCCUACAGAUUAGUAUGAAAUUUCAGUAAUACACCUCUCUUUCUCUCUCUCUUUUUCUCUUUAUCUCUUUCUCCUCGCCUCUCUCUGCAUCAUCUCUCUCUCUCUCUCUCUCUCUCUCUCUCUCUCUCUCUGUGUUCUGUGUGAUUUAUUUGGGGAGAAAGCUAAGAAUCUGAAACCAGAUAAGAACGUUAUUGUGUAUAGCUUUUAUACUUUAAAGUAGCUUCGUUUGUAUGCCAGCAGCAAAUUGAAUGCUCUCUUAUUAAGACUCAUACAAUAAGUGCAUGUAGGAAUUGCAAAAAAAUAUUUUAAAAAUUUAUUACUGAAUUUAAAAUAUUUUAGAAGUUUUGUAAUGGUGGUGUUUUAAUAUUUUGCAUAAUUAAAUAUGUACAUAUUGAUUAGAAACUAUAACAAGCAAUUUUUUUUCUGCUAACCCCAAAUGUUAUUUGUAAUCAAAUGUGUAGUGAUUACACUUGAAUUGUGUAUUUAGUGUGUAUCUGAUCCUCCAGUGUUACCCAGGAGAUAGAAUUGAUGUCUCCAUUGUAUUUAAACCAAAAUGAACUGAUACUCGUUGGAAUGUAUGUGAACUAAUUGCAGUUAUAUUAGCGCAUUGUUACUGUAGUGCUGAGUGAGCAGGGGCAUUGCCUGCAAGGAGAGCAGACCCUUGGGCUUGUUUUGCACAGGUGUGUCUGGUGAGGAGUUGUUCGUGUGUGUCUCUUCCUUCCCUCCCUCCCUUCCCUUAUUGUAGUGCCUUAUAUGAUAACGUAGUGGUUAAUAGAGUUUACAGUGAGCUUGCCUUAGGAUGGACCAGCAAGCCCCCGUGGACCCUCUGCUGUUCACUGGGAUUUACCAGAGCAGGAUUAGUAGCCGUGUUGUGUAAAUACAUUGUUCUCAGUUUCCCUGCUGGCAUUGGAAAAUACAAACAGCAUUUUUCUCCUUUACUGCCCCUUUCCAUGUUGGAAUCCUAGCAGAAGUUCUCACAGAAGCAUCUUCCCUUUGUGGCCCUCUCACUGUGCAUUGCUACCUUGCUUCUGUGAGAAUUCAGAAAGCAGGUGAGAGGAGUCAAGCCAAUAGUAUGUCUGCAUUUUUUCUUUUUUAAAGUAUGUGCAAUCACUUAGAAUGAGAGGGUUUUUUUCUUUCUCCCUUUUCCUGUGUGGUAGUUCUUCCUGCAAAUAGUUGACAUUCCUAGUGAAAUAUUUACUUGUUGAAAAAAGAUAAACAGAUGUGUUUAUACCAAAGAGCCUGUUGUAUUGCUUACCACAUCCCCAUGCUACAAGGAGUUGUUUUGUGAUGCCGCUGGUGACAGAGAACUCACAGAAAAGUUUCUCUGCUGGUGAAGAUGAGAAGGACCCAAAGCCCACUGAGGCGUUGGGCAUUUGUGGUUUCUAACAACUAUAUUCUUGGGGCCCUUCAGCUGUGAAAUUGUCCUUGUACUCUUGGCUUCUGCACGGAUCUGGGUCAAAUAGAGGGUACUGGGGGCGGGAUUUAUGUCCCUGCCACUAAGAGACUCGGGAAGAAGGCAAACCCUAAGAUACUGGUGUGUUCCAUCAGAAUUGAAAAUGUCGUCUUGAGGGGUAAGUCUAGGACUGGUUCUUUGUGGAGAUGGUGUCAAGGAGGUGCAGGAUGGAGAUGGGAGAUUUCCUGGAGCCUGGUCAGCACUGCACCAGGUGGAACCUCAAGGAGCUGUCAAGGGUUCGGAGUUUCUUCUUUGAAGCAGUAAGGACUGCCAGGGUGUG